AUGGAUUUUCAAAACAUAUAUAGAAAUGAUCCGUAUUAUGAUAACAACUCGUAUACAAUUUUUACAAGAUAUGGUGAAGCAAGUAACCAAGCAGAUGGAAGACCUAAUGAGAGUCUGUCAAAUAAUUCAUUGACAAGUAUUAGAAAAAUUUGUUACUGUUUAACACCAAAAAUGGCAAUCACAACAGUUCUUUUAUUAACAUUGUGCUUCUUAGGAAUGAAUUUAUACAUCCUCUUCGACAAUACUUUCAAUCCAGAUUAUUCGGAGAAUGACAUGGUUGUUAAUUUACCAAUUUUUAAUUUGGAUCUCACAAUGGACCCUUUUGAUCUCAUUGCUAAAAUACCACCAACAUUUGAAGAAAUGUUAAUGUCAAAAAAAUGGAUAGAGAGAAAGGAGGCCAUCGAAAGUCUUGUAAAUAUUGCCUCAAAAUAUGAAGACCUCGAUCCAAAAGUAUCAUAUCACAGACUUUGUGAUCAAUUAAAACAAAUAAUUGCUAAAGAUGCUAAUAUAAACGUCGCUGCUAUGGCUGCUAAACUUGUCACAAUUUUGGCAAAAGGAUUAAAAAGUAAAUUCAAAGACUAUGGUACACCAUUUGUAGCUGUUAUUUUUGAAAAAUUCAAAGAAAAAAAACCAGUUCUUAGAGAACCUUUAUGCGAAGCUAUUGAUGCCAUUGGAGAAUAUUGUCCUUUGGAAAAUGUCGUAGAAGAUAUUGUAGCAGCGAUGGAGAAACCAAAUCCUGCACAAAAAAGUCAAAUAAAUCAUUUUUUGAUUCGUUAUUUAAAAAAAUUUAAAGCUUCAAAUGCUCCUAAGAAGCUGAUAAGAAGUAUUACACCUAUUCUUGCUAAACAUUGUUUUGAUUCUGACAGUGAAGUAAGAGAAGUAGCAGUGUCAUGUUUAGGAUGUCUAAUGUUUGUAAUUGGUGAGAAAGAUCUCUUAAAAAUGGUAGGAGAUUUACCUCAAGACACGGCAAAAUGGACAAAAAUUCAAGAAAUAAAAGCUGAAUUUGAAGAGAAAGCAAAGGAAGCCGAGGGUGUUAAAACUCCGGGAAAAAAGAAAAAAACCGUCAAAGUGGAAAGUGAAGAAGAGGAGGAAGAAGAAGAAGAAAGUGAAGAUGAGCCUAUCGAACAGGUUGAAGAAAAGGAGAUUGAUCCAUAUGAUGAAUUAGAGCCAGUCGAUGUUAUUGCUCGUUUACCAAAUUCUUUUUUUACUGACAUUGAGGCUAAAAAGUGGUCAGAUCGUAGAGAUGCUCUUCAAGAAUUACUUGAUUUGUGUAAUACUCAUAAAAAAUUGGAUCCAAAAAUGGCUGUUGGAGAUGUUGUUCCUUGUUUAAAAAGGAUUCUUGAGAAAGAUGCAAAUAUUAAUGUCGCUGCUCUUUCUGCUAAGUGUUUAAGUGCUUUUGCUUAUGGGCUACGUCAGAAAUUUAGUCCAUUUGUACCAGGUAUAGCGGGUGUUAUUUUUGAGAAAUUUAAAGAGAAAAAACCAAUACUAAGAGAUCCAUUAGUUGAAUUGAUUGAUAACAUUGUAGCAUAUUCAUGUUCUGUUGAAACAAUGCAAGAAGAUAUUUGUACAGCUUUAGAAAAAUCAAAUCCUAACAUUAAAGCACAAGUUUCACUCUUUUUACAACGUGUUUUUAAAACACUAAACUCUUCAACAUUACCUAAAAAAUUUGUCAAGGAAGUGACACCAUUUCUCACAAAAGUUACUGGCGUAUCAGAUCCAGAAGCUCGUGAUUCUGCAUGUGCUGCAUUAGGUGCAUUACAAAGAAUUAUAGGUGAGAAAGCUGUAAAUAAUCUUAUGGGCGAUGCUGCAGACGAUAAAGUUAAAAUGGCAAAGAUUAAGGAAUUUUGUGAUAAAAUGAUAGAAGAAAAUGGUCCUGCUGUUUGUGAAAUGGUUCAAUCUAUUCACAAAGCUGGGACUAAAAAAAGUGCAGAUAAAAAACCAACUAAAAAAGUUGUGCGUAAGAAAGCUGAAACAGACUCUAUGGACGAUGAAGAAGUGCCCAUGAAGCCCCUACCAAAAACAGCUUUAAGUAAUGAAACUGAUGAAAAUGAAGGUGUUAAUGAAAAAAAGAUUGGUACAAAAAAGAAAAAUCCUCUUGGAUCAAAAAAUACAAAAUCACCGACAUCUUCAGAGGAAGGGAAACCAGUAGAGCUUGUAUUAGUUUUAAACUCUAACAAAAAUCAGCGUUUUAAGGAUGAAGCUAAAUUAAAAUUGUUAAAGUGGCAAUUUGAAGUGCCGCAACCAGAUCACUUACAACAACUUCAAUCACAAUUGAAGGAAGUUGUGUCUGCCGAUGUAUUCGGAAAACUCUAUAAUAAAGAUUUUAAGCAACAGCUUAAAGCUUUAGAUAUCUUGAUUGGUUUGUGUGAUACUGAUGCGCAAGCGGUAAUUGCAAAUUCUGAUUUACUACUAAAAUGGAUAACACUUAGAAUUCUAGAAACAAAUCCAACUGUUUUAAUGAAAUGCUUAGAAUUUGGUCAGCGUAUUUGUGAAGUAUAUCAAGAGCAACAAGCAUCACUACAUGAUACUGAAGUUUCAUCAUUCAUGCCUUUUCUGCUAUUGAAGAUUGGUGAAACAAAAGAACCAAUUCGUGCAGCAGUUAAAAAAUUAGUUUUUACUUUUUGUGAAAUAGUCCCACCAGCUAAAGUAUAUGGAUAUUUAGUUGAGGCUUUAAAGACAAAGAACUCGAGAAUGAAAGCUGAAUGUUUAAGUAUCAUGGAAAGUAUUAUUGAUGAAUGUUAUGAUGAAAUUUCUGGUACACAUUCUUCUUCAUUUAAAAUAAUUGCAGCUUCUAUAUCUGACAGAGAUAAUAAUGUUAGAAAUGGUGCCUUAAAUUGUUUCGUUGCUGCUUAUCGUUCUGUUGGUGCUGAUAUAUAUAAAUUAGCUGGAAAAUUAAAUGACAAAGAUAAGGCGUAUUUGGAUGAAAGAAUUAAAAGAAGUGGUGUAAUUCAAAUGUCUACUCCAAAGCAAAAUUCUACAAAUAUUCAUGGAAAAGCUAAAAUUGUAAAACCUGUUAAUGUUCCUGUUGUAGUUCCCCAUAAUUUAGCUAAUGUUACAAUGGAUGAGCCUCCCACUGAUUUAUGUCAAACAUACGAUUAUUCUGAAACAGUUAAUGAGCUUCCAGAUAAAAGAAGAUUAACUGCUAGAUUAAAUGUUGACUUACCUUCAUUCAAUGAUAAUGUUUGUGAUGUAGAUAUUGAUGCAGAAUUUCCAGAUCUAGAUGUUGAUAUAGUUGAGACUGAACCUCCAACGCUCAAGUUAGAAGAUAAUCAAGAUCUUAUAAAGCCUUCACCUCUGGGACCAGAUAUAUUAAAUGUACAGACUAUGAAAUCACCAUCAAUAGAUGUGUCUCAAUAUCAACACCAAAUUGCUCAAAUUGACCACUUACUUUUACAGAUCACUUCUACUAAUAUUAACGAAGCUUCUAUGGGAGUUUCUGAGUUGUUUUCAUUACUUAGCAAUCGUGGUGUAUUUCCUAUUGAAGUUAUAAAAUACAAGAUUGAUGAUAUUGUUUUAUCAAUUUGUAAGGAUAUUGAUCUUUAUAAAGAAAAUUUUACAAUCCAAACACCUAUUCCUGAAAGUAUUUCUUCAUUUUGUAAAAGUAUAUUUAAUGUUUUAUUAUGUAUAAUGAAUGAUGCUGAGUUUAUUGAAUUUAUUAAACCCGAAACUGUUGGAACAUUUUUAAGUGUUAUUCUUGGUUGUGUUUCUAGGUCACAUAUUUCGUCUAAUGAACUUUGGAAAAAUUCUAUUAAUACCUCUUUGAAUCACGCAACUGUGAAAUUGUGUGAUAAUUGCAACUACAAUACUGUUAUGAUGGGUAUUGCUGAUUGUAUGACUAAGAAUGCCGGUGACACAUCAAGUGAUAGAGUUUUCAAUUUGGCGAGAAAAUGUAUGGAUAAAUUAUCAACUUUAACAACAAAAAAGAAUUAUGAAUGGGAUGCCGAGAUUUGUCUAACAGCUAUGAAUACUAUAAUGAAACUGUUUACUUCAUCUCAAGAAAAAAUAUAUGAAACCACUUUCCAUGCAAUUAGGAAUCAUAUUCAACGUUUGAUUGUUGUUAAUAAAGCAAAAGUUAAAGAAGCUGUUGAUAGAAAUUCUCAUCUUAAAGAUAAAGUUUGGCAGUAUGCAGCAAGGUGUUUAGAAAAGGUUAUGCCUGCAGAGACGGCAGAACUCGACAGUGCUAUUAUGAAAAUAAAUGGAAUGUCAAAUAAUGAAAUUGUCAAGUUAUUAUUGAAUUCUUCAAUUAUGAGUUGUGAAUGGGAUGCCUUUUUUGAAUCAGGUAAAUCACAUGACUUAGUACUAGGAGAACUUCUUCUAAAAACUAUAAGAGAAAAAGAUAUUGUAUUAUAUGAAAGUAUUAAGCAUAAAUUUAACUUAGCGAUUUCAUUGAAGCCAGGAUCAGGGAAGUUAUGGUCAAAAGACAUUCUUCUUUCUGAUGCUGUUUAUUUGACUGGUGAUCGCUUACACCGCCUUAUGAAUAAUCUUAAAAAAUCCCAAGAAAUUUUAGAAUCUGUUUCUUUUGCUUCUAAUCCUAAAAGAACUCACUCUAUUCCACCACCAGGGCAUAAUAAAACAUCAAUUAGAUCGAGUAUACAAUCAGGAAAUAUAAAUGCAUUAAAUCAAUCAUCAUUAGCUUCUGCUCCAAUUCCACAAUUUAAAAAACCUAAACGUUUAUCUGCUCAAGAUCGUGAACUUUUAAAAGAAAAACUCGCUCAGAUAAGAGGUGGUUAA